AUGAUGCAACAACAACAGCCAAUACUACUACAAGAUGUUGAUAUAGAAUCAAAUUUAAAUUCAAUUAAAGACAAGACAAAGGAUAUUCGUGGGUUGAUCUACUCAACGUCAACGGGGAAUUGGGAAGAUAUACUUGGUCAUUUCAAAGUACUCUCUGGUGGCUAUGAAUCACUUCAACGUGAAAUAUCAUUGAUCUUAGAUUCUAUAGUAGUCUACCCUAAUCAAUUACUUGCAAAUACUGAUCCUAAUAUAAUUCCAAAUCUACUUAGAACUAAAUUAAGUCUUGAUAUUGAAAGUAAUAGUAAUGAACUAUUGGCAAACUAUCAGCGUAGAAACAAUAUUGGUGAGGAGUCUGGUGUGUCGGUGAAUCAGGCGACUAUGCAACUCAACGAUCACGUGCAAUCGUUGAAUAGAGUGUUGGAGGAUAUCGACGAGGACAUAGAGAUUAAAAGAGGGUCGACCAAUAAAUACAAAUUGACAAAGAUGACGUCGUCGGUCGAUCAAGUGGCACUGCUCAAGGAGCUAUUGUCAGCCACUAUGAACGGCACUGGUAUACGUCUCCCCACACCAGUCGCUGCACCACCUGCGCCUGCACCAGUAUCUGUAACUACUCCCGUCACCAAUACCAUCGUUAACCAAACAUCUCCACCACAAGCUGUUCAACAACCACAACAACCACAACAACAACAACAACCAAUCCAACAACCACAACAAACACAGCAACCAAUUCAACAGCAACAACAACAACAACAACAACAACAUCUUGCUCCUCGACAACAAUCUCCACCUGUUGCAGUUCAACAGCAACAACCAAUACUACAACAUCAACAACAACAAAAUCUUGUACAAAAUACUCAACAACCAAUUGUUGCUCAACAAAUGCAAAAUAAUACACAACCUCAACAGAUUGUACAGCAGCAACAACAACAACAUCAAGUACCAAUGACACAACAAACUUCUACACCCAAUAUUUCUCAAGCUGCGCAGGUACAGCCAAUCAUGGUGCCUCAGCAGCAGCAGCAAGUGGGUGCGAAUAUGAUACAACACCAUUCUCCACCUAUUUCAGUUCAACAACAACAGACAGUUGUUACACCUGUUCAGCAGACACAUAUUCCACAACAAGCAGCUGCUGUACAAAGAGCCAAGACAAUGCCAAUGCAACAACCACCUCAGAUGGUGACUACACCAACCAGCAGCUACGCAAUGGCACAACCAGCCAUCACAACAGCGGUGCCAAUCACAUCGGUGGCGACUGGUCAGCCGACUGUUUCACCUCCCAUAGUGUCUCCACAGGUAUUACAAACAACUCAACAAACCCAUUUUGCAACCACUCCACAACAACAACAAACAAAUAUCGUCCAACAACAACCUGCUACUCAUAUUUCGGGGUAUCCAAAUCAACAGCAACAGGUUACACAGCAACAACAAACAGCACAGACACAACAACAACCACAAAUUCAAACUACCCAACAACAAACAAAUCUUGCAUUACACCAACAACAGUUAUUGCAACAACAACAACAACAUAUUUUGCAACAACUACAAGCUCAAGCUCAAGCUGCCCAAGCUCAGGCUCAGGCUCAAGCUCAAGCUCAAGCACAAGCUGGAAGUGCGCAGCAAUACACUGGAAGUGCAGCUCAAGUGCACCAAACGGUUCCUCAAGUUCCAAUGCCGGGUCAGCAACAACAAUUCCCACAAACUGCAGGAAUGUAUCAACCGGCGGCAGCAGCUGUAGCAGCAGGACAACAACAACAGCAAUUACAACAAGCGGCAGCAGCAGCAGCGGUAGCAGCAGGACAACAACAGUUUAAUCGAAAUACACCACAGAACCCAUUUGUGGCAGGAGGUAUUGUUGGCACGGCUCAAACUCAGCAAGGUCAACAACAACAACAACAACAAGGUCAAAUAGCUGGGCAGCAACAGGUAGUUCAACCGGGUCAACAACAACAGUUUACUCCACAACAACUUCAAAUGUUGGUGAAACGCCAGCAGCAGCUGCAACAACAACAACAACAACUACAACAACAGCAAGGUCAACAACAACAACCAGGCCAACAAGGCCAACAUACACAACAACAGACGAAUCAACAAACCCCGACUCAACAACAACAACAACAACAGCUACAAAUGCUCCUCAAAUUGCAGGCAGCUCAAAAAACACAACAGCCAAUAGUUGGUUUGCAGCAAGUUUCAACUCCUCAACAACAAAUCAAUCAAUUGCAACCACAACAGACCCAACAACAACAACAACAACAACAACAACAACAACAGCAAAUACAACAGACACAACAACAACAACAACAAAAUACACAGCAGCAACAAUAUAAUCUUCAACAACAACAAGCAAACACUUUUAAUCCGCAACAACAGAAUACUAUUCAGCAGCAGAAUGCUAUUCAACAACAAGCAGCAACCUUGCUUCAACAGAGAUUACAGCAACAGCAACAGGCUGCCCAACAGCAGCAACAACAACAACAACAACAAGUUGCUCAACAGCAACAAACCUACCAACAACCACAACAAACUACCCAAUUACAAGGCCAACAGCAAGUACAAGGACAAGUACAAGGUCAACAACAACAACAAACUGCUCAGCAGCAGCAACAACAAUUGUUACAAGCUCAGCUUGCAAGCCUACCUCCACAACAACGAGAUCAAUAUAUGAAAGCUCUAAGACAAAGAGCUGAGCAACAGGCAAACCAACAAGGUCAACAACAGACACAACAACAGCAACAGCCACAACAACAAAUUCCGGGACAACAACAACAACAACAACAACAAUUUUUCAAUCAACAACAAGCUGCUCAACAGCAGCAACAAGUUGCUCAACAGCAACAAACCCAAUUGCCAGGUCAAAUCCAAGGACAUGUACAACAGCAAAUUCAGCAAGGUCAACCACAGCAACAACAAUUCUUUGCAAACCAAGGACAACAGCAGGUAGGUAUACAACAACAACAACCACAACAAACUCAACAAACCCAACAAACUCAACAACCCCAACAACAAGUACAAAAUAUUCAAAAUAUGACAAUUCAACAACAGCAACAACAACAAUUAUUACGUAUGCAACAACUACAACAGCAGCAACAACAACAACAACAACUUUUACAACAACAACAACAACAACUACAACAGCAACAACAACAACAGCAGCAGCAAAACCUCCAACAACAAGGUCAAUUUAGAGUGAUGCAACCAAACCCACAAAAUCUACAGAACCAAUUUUACCUACAACAAUUACAAGGACAGGCUCAACAACAGCAGCAACCACAACAACAGCAACAAACACAACAACCUCAACAACAAAAUACCCAACAGCCACAACAACAGCAAAUGUAUACUCAACCAACUCAACAAUAUUGGCAACAAUAA